AUUGACAUUUUAUGAAAUAUCCCACUGUUAAAAAAUUACCCUCGCUAACAGUGAACCGUACGCACUGCGCUGCUGCUAUGCAUUGUUGUUUAGAAUUCACGCACAGCCCAGCAAUUUUGCCAAUAAAAGUUUUGAUCAUUUAAACAAUUGUCGCAGAAGGUAAUUUCACUUUCUCGCAAUAACCCAACGCGGCUGCUUGCAAAGUAAAGACGACCUUAAAAAAGUGGAGUAGCAUUGAUAAAAAAUUGUUACCGCGUUUGUCCUACAUACAACUUCGUUUUGUUUUUUUCGAGUUUUUGUUUUUUGGUGUUGUGAAUAUAUUUAAAAAAUGCGGGUCAAUUUAAUGUACGGCGCAACUUUGUUGAUAAUUUGUUGUGUUACGGCCACUACAGCGAAAACUGGCUAUGGUCCUGGUGAACAAGAUUGGGGUCAUGUCGAUGUACGCACUGGUGCACACAUGUUCUACUGGCUCUACUAUACCACGGCUAAUGUCUCCGCCUAUACUGAACGCCCACUUGCCAUUUGGUUGCAAGGUGGUCCCGGUGCUUCAUCUACGGGCUAUGGCAACUUCGAAGAAUUGGGUCCACUCGAUUUAUAUGGCAAUUAUCGCAAUUUCACUUGGGUGAAGGAUAUGAAUGUACUCUUCAUCGAUAACCCUGUGGGCAGUGGUUUCAGCUAUGCUGACAGCUAUCGUUAUUUAACUAAAACCAACAAUGAGAUUGCUUUGGAUUUGGUCAGGUUAAUGAAAGGCUUCUACAAGCGUCAUCCGGAAUUCGAAACAGUACCUUUGCAUAUAUUCUGUGAGAGCUAUGGCGGUAAGAUGGCACCCGAGUUUGCCUUGGAGUUGUAUUACGCGGUGCAACGUGGUGAGUUGCGCAGCAAUUUGACUUCGGUUGUGUUGGGUGAUCCAUGGACCUCGCCAAUUGAUUCUGUGCUGGCAUGGGCGCCAUUAUUGUUGCAAAUGGGCAUUGUCGAUCAAACUGGUUAUGAGAAAAUUUUCGCAGCUGCUAACAAAACUGCAGAUUUGGUCAAUCGAGAAAAAUGGACACAAGCGACCAAUCAAUGGGGCUCGACACAAGCUGUUUUACUGCGCGAGUCGAAAGGUGUGGACUUUUACAAUAUUGAGAAACCAACCAACGCGGAUUCCUAUUCCAGAUUAUUGUUGAGAACCAAUAAUGUUCAAGACUUAAUGUAUCGCACUAUGGUGAAAUAUGAUGUGGAUAUCGAUGAAGAUCGCGAUCAAAUUUUAGAAGAUCUAAUGCGUGGACCAGUUACUGAAGCGUUGAAUAUUACCUCUAAAGUUAAAUGGGGUGCACAAAGUGGCAUGACAUUCACCAGAUUAUUCACCGAUUUCAUGAAGCCUGUGAUACAUAUUGUUGAACAGCUGCUAAACAGCACCGAUUUGAAAGUGGGUGUACUCUCUGGCCAUUUAGAUUUGAUUUGCGCUACGCCCGGUACUGUAAAUUGGAUUGAAAAAAUGCAAUGGAAUAAUAAGUCCGAUUACGAGGCAGCACCACGUGUGGGCAUCAAUGUCGAACACAUCCUCGAGGGUUACGAAAAGAGUGCUGGUAACUUUACUAUGUUUUGGGUUAACCGCGCUGGUCACAUGGUACCUGCUGAUAACCCUGCCGGCAUGGGCUAUAUUUUAAGGAAAUUUACCAACUUUGGUUAAG